GAUUGACAUGCGGUGACAUAUAUUAAUGGUAAUAUAUAUAUGUGCUAACAUAUAUUGAUGGUUCUUGUUUUACGAGAUUGAUAGAUUGACAGCUUUGUGAGAUAGGCAUAUGUAUAUAGUACUCCUUAUUGCAUACUUGUCCACUGAAAAGUACCAAACCUAUAUUAUCAUUGUAGUAGAUUAUUAUCAUGUCUAUCUCCAUGAUAUAUUACUCUUGUGUAUCAUAUGUCUAUUUCACAGAUGAGUAGACAACUUGUCCGUCUUAUUUGAUGAUACCUCUACAGUUUACAAGGGAGAUAGACAUAUGCAUAUAUGAGUAAUAUUUGUGAUGUCCGUAUAUACUCCAAUAUAUAUAUUUUUUAUGUGAUGAUCAGAUGGGAUGGGAGACACUUGUCACUCAUCCAAUGCUCCUCUUUGGUUAUAAAUAUAGAGAGUUACUUUCACUCUUGCUCACAUUUGUUGGAGCUCUUGGUGAAGUGAGACUUGGAGUUUUAGAAGGAGGCUUUCAAGAGGUAGGAUUGGCCUUCCAUUUAGUUGGGUGUGUGGGCAGGCGCCAGGGAGAGUUGAUCAAGUUCUUCGAAUUGCGGAGGAGGAGCGCUAUUGGAACGUUCUAUUGUCUGAUUCUUCUCUUCGAGACAGCACUUUGUGGGAUCACGUUCCCCGUCAACCCGAAGGUAUAUCUCAUCCUAAGAAUCGUGCUAAGUCUCAAGUUACUAUACUCCAAAGAAGUUUGGAGAUUUUGGGAUGCGAACCUUUAUUUCUACCUGAAUUGACAUCAGACGGACGAGAUUUUGCAGAUCGAUUCAUGGCCCAAUCUUCUUUCACUCUUCCUCUGGCUGGUGACGGUGCUAUGGAACGUUUACGCUCACGCAAACAGAAGACUAGGACGACUCCUAGUGUUGAGAAGGAGGCUGUUACUACUGCUGCUCCUUCUUGUCCUUCUGCGAGGGCUCAGAAGAAGAAUAACAAGAGACCGUCUCCGGUUGAGUCGACCGAUUGGUUGAGUAAUACAGUUGAUCUUUCUUUUCCAUCUUCAGCGGCUGCACAUUCUGAGUUUGGCCUACACCUUGGUGAGGCCAGUAAGCUAUUAUUUCCAGAGGAUCGAGCUCGUUUUGAGAACAUCGGAGAAAUAGCUUCCAUGGAGUUGUCCAUCUCUCGCUCCUUUCAGGGUAUGCAAGGACUUAUGUACGCCUUGGAUAAGAUUAAGAACAUGAAGGAGCAAAUGAAGGACAUGAGGACUGAGCGUGAUACUUUGCGCGGGGAGAUUAAGGAGCUAAAGAGCUGCAAGAAAGAGCUUGACCGUGUCAGAGAAGAGUUACGAACUCAACUUGAUGCUAAGGAGCAAGAUUCUAAUCGUUUGAAGUCUGCCUUGGCUGAUCUUGCUACUGCCCAAGCUCGUGUGGACAUGUUGGAAGGUCGGUUAGUCGAAAUUGGACUGGAGGCUGAGAUCCAGUGUCGUGGAAAGAUGGCGAUGGAGUAUCGAGACAACAAGGCCGAGUCUUGGGACAUACCCCAGUACAUUGCUGACUAUGAAGAAUUGCUGCGGAUGAGGGCCGAGGAAGACGCUCGAACUAGCCAACUGGCUAACUCGUUUGAAGAGAUGACUACGAACGAUCUCCCGGUGGAUGACUCACAUCUUUCUUGAGUUAACUAUAUGUCAAGUGUUUUAUGUUUUUAAUGUUGUAAUAUGAACUUUUGUCUGGUUGGCUGACUUGCAUGGGUCUGGUGCCCCAUUUUCCCCUUAGUCUAAAUGUAGGUCAGCCAAAUUGGACUUAGACUUAGUAUUUUGGAAUGAUGUUUGUUGUAUGCGCUAUGUAUUUGUUGUAGUAACUGGUUUGGCUGACUUGUAUGGGUCUGGUACCCUAUUUUCCCCUUAGUCUAAAUGUAGGUCAGCUGAGUUAGAUUUAGACUUAGUAGUUCAGAAUGAUGUUUGGACUAUGUGGUUCGUUGUAUGCGUUGUGCUUCUACUUCAGUAGAAUAUUGUUUUGAAUUUA